AAAAUAAAGCAAAGCAUUAGGAACAACGUCGCUUUAUAUGAUCCUCUCACAGUCCCACCCUUAGUUCUUACAACUGAAGCGAAAAUGGAAGCUCUCUUCUCCGAAUUCACACUCCUCUCCGACCAAGCCCUCCGCGACAAGAACUUCGAUCCCUCCACCAUCGAAGACCUCAUGAAACUCUUCGAGGUCGAGGCCUACAAGGCCUGGGCCAAUCUCGAGCUCGAGACCGACAACGAGGUCCAGAAAGCCCACGACUACAUGCGAGACUCCGAGGAGUACCUGGACUCCGUCAUGGACAGCGCCAUGGCGGAGUUCCGCCGCUUCGAGGAGGAGAUGGACAGGGUUUCCACGGCGGAGCACGACGGUCUGGUCGGCGCCGCCGAGAAAGCGCGGAAGAUGGGGAAGAAUCUGGAGAAAGCCGCGACGUUUGCUUCGAAGAAGUAUAUUGAAGCUGCCGUCAAUUCUGCUACUGCUUCGAUGAGAUCUGCCGUCAGGGCGAUCUCCUCCAAUUCUAACAAGGUUCAUCCUUCGUAGAUUUCAGGAACCCUUUGUUUGGUUUAACGUUGUUGAUCGUGUAAUUGAUGUCGUAAUUGUUGUUUUCUGAAUCAAUCCGUAUGGAAUUAUAUAUAAUUCAGGGUUUCCAGAUUUAUGCUGA